AACGAAUACCAAUUCUUUUCUGUUUUGACAUCAAAGCAUGCUCCUUCGAUGAUAAACAAAAGUUAACACUAUUUUAGAAAUAGUUCUAUAUAGACUGGCUAGACCUAGACUGCUAGAUCUAAUUGAGAACUAGAGAUUUACGUCUAAUCAAAAAUGAGUGAAACAACUGUAACUGUUGAUGAUAAAGUUUCAGGAAUUGAUCUAGAUCUAGUUGUAGACCCUCGAACUGUAGAACUAGAAGAGCAAGAGAUUGAAGAGUGCCAUGAGCCUCAGGCAGUAGCCGCAGUACCUGGUCUAGAAAAUCUAGAUCUAGUAGAGAAUCAUGAGAAAGUUGAUGCUGUCAAUGUUUUUAACAGUGUCGGUGUUAAUAACAGUAUUAACACUAACAGUGAAUUGAAUGAAACUGAAACCAAUGUAUCUAUGGGCGUUAGUAUUUCUAUGUUAAGUAACUUAAGUGAAGCGCAAACAGAAGAAACUCAAACUCUUGAAACUGAUAGAAAAGAUAAUAAAGUUUUAGAAAUUGAUCUAGUUGUAGAUUCUCGAAUUCAAGAGCAUGGAUCUGUUAAUCAAGUAGAUGCUGUCAAUGUUAUUAACAGUGUCUGUGUUAAUAACAGUACUAUUAACACUAACAGUGAAUUGAAUGAAACUGAAUCCAAUGUAUCUAUGACUAUGGCUGUUAGUGUUUCUAGGUUAAGUGAAGUGCAAACAGAAGAAACUCAAACUCUUGAAACUGAUAAAAAAGAUAAUAAAGUUUUAGGAAUUGAUCUAGUUGUAGAUUCUCAAACUCAAGAGAAUGGAUCUGUUAAUCAAGUUGAUGUUGAAAAUGUUAUUAACAGUGAAAAUGUCAGUGUUAAUAACAGUAUAACCACUAACAGUGAUUUGAAUGAAACUGAAAGCAAUGUACCAAUGGCUAUGACUGUUAGUGUUUCUAGGUUAAGUGAAGCGCAAACAGAAGAAACUCAAACUCUUGAAACUGGUAAAAAAGAUAAUGAAGAUGAUAGAUCUAACCCUAGAGCCAAUACAGAUAGAUCUGAUUGUUCUGAAAUUGAAGAUGAUUGUGUCAUAGAACUUGUAGAAACGUCAGAAAAAGCUGUUAAAAAUAAUUGUUUAAAAAGAAAAUUUCCUUGUGAAAUAUGUAAUCAGACUGAGGCUAUCUAUACUUGUCCUAACUGUGAGCUGAGAACCUGCUCCUUGUCAUGUGUCAAAGAACACAAGAUUCGACUUGGUUGCAGUGGAGAAAGAAUAAAAACUGCCUUUGUAGAUAAAUCACAAUAUGGAGAGGGGCAUCUUUUAAAUGAUUACAGAUUGCUUGAGGAUGCAAACAGAAAACUGUACAGUUUUAAAUCAUCACAAGACAACAGAAAAAAUCAUUCCUUCUCAGGACCAUAUAUGAAUAAAAGGACCAAGCUCUUAAGUACUGCUGCCUUCAAGAGAGGGAUCAAACUACAAGUGUUAUCACAAGCUUUGACUAGACAUAAAAAUAAUACAAGUUAUUAUAUGAUAAGAUCUGAUAAAAUUCUUUGGCACAUUGGUUGGCAUUUUGUGGCUUCCAAUACAGAAAUAAAAGAUGAACGUGUGCCAGAAGAUACCAUUCUAAAAGACAUUGCCAAAAAGUGGAUCAAUUUUGUAGAUCACCCAGAAAUGAGGAAAUGUUUAAGGGAUUAUGAGAAGGACAAUCUUGAAGCUUCUCAGUUUCUUUUGAAAAUUGAAUGUUUGCCUGCCAAUAGAGUCAGGUUUUUUAAACUCAAUCCCAAUGCUACACUUGGUGAAAAUCUAAAAGGACAUUGUCUGACAGAGUUCCCUACAAUUUAUGUCUUACCACCUCAGUACAAAGACACACAGAACUUUGUCCUAAUCUCUGAAGAUGAUUUGGAGUUCAUGGAGGUACAAAAUCGUCAACAUUUAAAACCUUUGGUGGCAACAACAAGUCAAGCUGACCUUGAAUUACAACUCUUGAAUCCUAAAUCAAAAAUAUACAUGCCAGAAAUUGGAGAUAUUUUGGAAAGAUAAAUUGAAAGGGAAGAUAACCAAUUUUUUAAGAACUUUUAAACAUGUGGAACAAAAUUUCUAGCAUAAGAGUUGCAGAGGUACUACUGGUACUAAAAUUUUCCAGCUACCACUAGUGAACAGUAUUAUAGAUUAAACAUGAUUUAGACUUCUGAUGGAUCUUGGUCUACAGCUUGUCAUUGUGCCACUGAGACUUUUUUUUAUUUUGCCCAAGUCAUUUGUUGAAAGUUCAGUACUUGUACAUAAACAAAAUUUGACAGUGAUAUAAUAAUUUGAUCUUUUCAUUUUAUUUGUGUCCAUAGUAUGCAUUGAAGACUGUAUACCACAACAAUUAAUUGUUAAUUUAAAUUGAUUUUAUGUAAUGGUGAUUCAGGUUAAUUCAUAGUGCCUUCAUUCUGGUGGAAUGUGAAGCAAAGGAAUUGAUUCCUGCACUAUUAUCUUUGUUGGUGAAACAAUUUGUUGAUAUAUUGAUUCUUUUGCCAGCUUUUAGUGCAACUAAUUAAAAAAACUAUAGUCUUAUAAUACAUUGCAAGAAUGUAUUCAAAAUGAAAUACAACUUCCAUGAGCAUUUCUGUU